AUGGUAUUGAGGAAUGAGGGGGCGAGGAAAGGAAUGCAAUGCUGCAAUGAAAAAGGAGCCUGCGCUCGGCUUCCAGAAGAUGCUUUGAUGCCUUCUUCCCUUGGUGCUGCUGCGUUUGUUGCUGUUGUUGUAGCUGCUGUAAUUGUUGCUGUAGCUGCUGUUACUGUAACUGCUGCUGUUUUAGCUGCUGUUGUAGCAGCUUCUGUUACUUCUGUUACUGUAGCCACUGCUGUUGUUGCUGUAACUGCUGCAGUUGUCGCUGUUUUUGCUAUUGUAUUUGCUGCGGCUGUUGCUGUUGCUGGAGUUGCUGCUGCUGUUGCUGUUGUGGUAGCUGCUGCUGUUGUGCAGCUUCUGUCGUUGCUGUUACUAAUUGGGAAGAACGAGUGGACUCAUACCAAGCAGACGGCUCGCAAGUCGACCGGCGGGAAGGCGCCCCGCAAGCAGCUGGCCACCAAGGCGGCCCGCAAGAGCGCGCCGGCCACGGGCGGCGUCAAGAAGCCGCACCGCUACCGGCCCGGCACCGUGGCGCUGCGCGAGAUCCGCCGCUACCAGAAGUCCACCGAGCUGCUCAUCCGCAAGCUGCCGUUCCAGCGGCUGGUGCGCGAGAUCGCGCAGGACUUCAAGACCGACCUGCGCGUCCAGAGCUCGGCCGUCAUGGCGCUGCAGGAGGCCUGCGAGGCCUACCUGGUGGGGCUCUUCAAGGACACCAACCUCUGCGCCAUCCACGCCAAGCGCGUCACCAUCAUGCCCAAGGACAUCCAGCUGGCCCGCCGCAUCCGCGGGGAGCGGGCAUAA